GUCGACCUGAAACAGGAAAGAUGUGGCCAGAGGUUAGAGAGGCAGACCAGUAUCCGGAAAGUUGUGGACAAACUCGGAACUGCUGAGGGCUGCUGUGUCCGAUCCUGGGAACCAUCACCUGCCAUUGUGCCCUUGAGCAAGUCUCUUUACCCCUAAAAACUGCUCUCGAUCCAGGAGUGCUGCUACCUGGUGGCUAACCCUGUGCCUCUCCAAGUGUGUGUGUAUUUGUUGGGGUAGAGAUAGACGCAUUUCUGUUUCUCACAAAAGUUAUUCUAGUCUAUUCAGAGGACUCAUCCCAUUCACUUCUUAGGUAAUAUGCACAAAAUAAUUCAAUCGUUAGAAUAUACCUCAUGGUAAUAUAGGCCUAUAGGUCUCCAAUGAAUAGACCUAUAACAAUUAAAUAAACCUUCAUUAUUUUGGAUUGAUUGAUUACUUACGAUAUGCAACAAUAGCCUACCUACACUUUAAGUAUCCGGCUACAAAUUAUACCCGGCCCCCACAAUGAUAGGAAUGAAUGUCUUGUUGCGUGUGGCGGUGCUGAUUCUACUGCAAGCGUCAAGGGAAUCGUACAUUCCCUCAUUCACCACAGAGCGGCGCCAUUUUACCACAAUACGCGCGUUGUUCAGGUGCGUGCACCAUCCACAUACCCUACAGAGCUUAGUCGUUUUAUUAAGUAAAUGCAUGUUGUAUUGUUUCAAUGCGUUUUGGUGAGGUUUAACGUGCCUGUUGUUGACGAACAAAUCAUCGAGUUUAAUAAAGUACUUUCCAUAGAGUUUCACCGUGGUAAGAGACGUGUCUAAUAAUGAAUUUGAUGCAGAAAUGUUAAUCGUUAUGAUGUAGACCUUGCUGUAAUUUUUAAAUGAACAUAGGCCUACAAAUGAAGGAUCUAAGGACUCUUCUGAACAGAUAUAUUUUAUACAUUGAACAUAUAGGCCUGUCGACUCACAAUAUGGAGUAAAAACAAAAAAAAACACUUUGUUUUAUGGCACAUGUGAGUGACUGGUUAUUUAUUUAUAAAUAUGCUAGUAAAACAGAAAUCUAGUUUGAUAUUUUCGUUGCAUUACCUGCAUUUUAUUUGGAGACAAUCGAAACAGUUUCAUUUCUGAAUGUGCAUUAAGUCCAAUCAACAUUAAGAUAAAUACUGUAGUCAUUUCUUUAUUUAGUUUCGUUUGUCAAAGGCAGAUAAUACAACCAACAGUCGUAAUGUUUUAAUACUGAAGCUCAUGAUAGACUAAUAUAUCCAUGUGGACGUUUUGGAAACUGUAAUUUACCCCCCUAAAUUGUCCACCGAUGACAUGACACACAGUUUAAUUGCCCAUUUUGAUUGAUAGUAAAAACACAACAAAGUAUAGCUUGAGUCGUAUAUCGCCUAUGGCAAACUGGUCGAGCGAGUUGGGGUGUAUGCUGCCUGCGCGCCCUGGCCAAUGGAACCAGAUCCUCCCUGCAGUGCGUAAGAGCGCAAUUUAGGAUUUAACCAGGUCUUUGCUGUGGAGCUGGCAGCAGUUCGAGAGAGCCCGUCGGCGAAAGCACACAUCACACAAUGCAAGUGUAGUCUUCACUCAGUCUUCAUACGUCUCAGUGGAAACAGACUUCCCUUUAACGUUGCUGCUUCGAACUAUGACUGGAGUAUUCGACCGAAGGAUUCCGAGUAUCAAACCUGCCGACUUCCAGAACCCUUUUCAGCUUUCCACCACAAUGCAUCACCCGUCUCAGGAAUCUCCUACGCUACCCGAGUCUACGGCCACGGAUUCUGGCUACUACAGCCCUGCUGGAGCAGUGCACCAUGGCUAUUGUUCGCCUAACUCCACCUCGUAUGGGAAACCGCUCAAUGCCUAUCAGUACCAAUACCACGGCGUAAACGGAUCUGCGGGAAAUUACCCUGCAAAAACAUACCCAGACUACAGCGCAUACACAGCCUCUGCUUACCACCAAUAUGCUGGAACUUAUAGCAGAGUACAACCACAACCAUUAAGUCCGCAAGAAAAAGAGGUAGCAGAACCUGAAGUGAGGAUGGUAAACGGAAAGCCCAAGAAAAUCAGAAAACCAAGAACAAUCUACUCCAGUUUUCAGCUCGCAGCCCUGCAGCGGAGAUUUCAGAACACACAGUACCUCGCGCUGCCUGAGAGAGCAGAGCUUGCGGCUUCGUUGGGACUCACGCAAACGCAGGUCAAAAUAUGGUUCCAGAACAAAAGGUCGAAACUGAAGAAAAUCAUGAAGAAUGGCGAACUCCCACCGGAACACAGCCCGAGCUCCAGCGAUCCCAUGGCUUGCAACUCUCCUCAUUCACCCGCCGUCUGGGACACGCAGGGCCCGUCCAGGCCUCACAGCCACCAGGCACAGAACAACAACUCGGCGGCAUCAACCUUUUUGGAAAACUCCGCCUCUUGGUACUCCGCGGCUGGUUCCAUGAAUUCUCACCUCCAGACCCCCAACUCGAUACAGCACUCUUUGGUUCUCGGAUCGGGGACGUUAUACUGAAACCCAGUUCAACAAAUAUUUCAUUGUAUUGGACUCGUGUUUAAAAGAUUCAGAGGAAUAUGCAAUGUAUUGAUGACAGUCAUAGAAGAACGUGUAUAAUGUGUAAAUGUGUGCAUGUAAUUUAUUGCAUUUUGGAAGACUAAUUAAACGUUUUAAAUGGACAAUGGAA